CAACUUCUCUUGCUGAGUAGCAUAUCUCUCACAUCCAAGAUGUCAGAUUCGGUGGCGCAACAAUGUGGAACGAGUGCACACUCAAAGUCUGGAGAGGGUAUCUCGCAAGGGAAGACCCGCGCGCUGCAAGCGGAGCUCUGGGAAGUGGUAGCAAACUUCUUGGACAAGACCGACCUGAUCGUGUUGUCUGAAUCUCGUCGCGGUGUCUACAACGCCGUGGAUCACAAGCGCUGUGCUGCUUGUCAGGACCAGCUCUUGACUCCGCAGGAGGUAUAUGACAAUCACGCGGCGGCCGUCGGUAAUGAAACCGCCCAACUCAUGGUCUUCGAUCUGCACCCUGUGGAAAGUCCUGCCCGGGCGGUUGAGCGCGGCGCGGUGAGUGAGAGUGAGGGAGAUGACUAUGCUAACAAGCUUGCCAAUGCCGUGACCUUGAGUGGGUUGUCGAUCCUAUCACUGGCGGUUCUCAGGGGAAGAAAGGACGUGGUGAAUGUUCUUCUGAAGCAUCGCGCGGACCCUACUUACGGAGGCGAAAAUGCUCACCUGAAGCCAUUGGACUAUAUCAAAUCCCCCUUCCGUGGAACUGACUCAAUAGGUAACCCAGCGGAGAUCAAGGCCGCCGUGGUAAUGGUGGAAACACUGCUCACCCGCGGGGCGGCUUUCACCCAGAAGGGGCCCUGGGAUAUCAUUCUAUGGACUGGGCGUGUAGAUCUCAUUCACCAGGCGGUCCGCAACGGGGUCGAUCUCUUCAGUCUGCGCUGGGAGAGCCAGAGUGUAAGUCUAAACCCGCUAAGCGCUAUCCUCCACCACCCCGCCCUACCCGAAGACAAGGUCAGCGACGAGGUCCUCCGGGCCAUUCUUGAGGCUGCGCCCCGGCUGAUGGAUCUUACCGAUGGCGAGGGGCGUACCAUCAUCCACCAAGCCGUGCAAGCUCACUGGUGGCGUCUAGCGCAAUCCCUGCUCCGGUUCCCAUCAACGGCAUGGCCGAUUGCCAACGACGGGCAGAACGCGCUGACCAUCGCCAUCGCCAACGGCCAGACAAGACUGAUCGGGGGUCUGUUGGACCGCCCCGAGUACGAGAUAGACGUCAUGCACGACGUCAACGCCAUGCGUCUGUGGCGUCAGGUCAACGGCCCCGCUCGGGAUUCCUUUCCGCUCCUGGUGGCCGUCGCGAAGGCGGCCCAGUUCCCCAGAGCCCUGUAUACGCUGGCCACCCACCCCCGCGUGUGUAUCCCCGCAACCAUGCCGGGUUGUCUCGAUGUCCGACGUCUGGCGCUGAAGCUGGGGAGGGAGGUAGGUCUCAGUUCUCGCCAAGUCGCGCUGAUCAAAGCUAUCCCGGAGCGGUGGGAUUAUGACGAGGGGGCAUCAUUCAAGAGGGUUAUGUAAAUCAUCUGCCAUCUACACUCAUAACAAUCAUUCUCUCAGCAAGUACAAUACAAACAUCGCCCAAUCGUCAUGUCCCAUAUCGGAAUCAACACGUCUGUAACCAUACCAGCCACCUAUCGCAUCACCCACGCACACGCGUCAGAUAGAAAUGCAAAACCCCUGAGUCCCGAUAAUAGGGCUUAUACUCAUUCGUCGCCGCCACGGUGCUCUCAUUCACAUACCGAAACCGAUCUACCCUGUCUUGGCCGUCGGGAACCACAGCGCAGGCGCCGAUGCCGUGGAACUUGACUUGCCGGACCUUGU